UCUUUCACGCGCUAGCAGCAGUAGUCCACUGUCGCUUGCGGCCGUCGUCGUUGCCUGUCGAUGGAGUGAUCCUGCUUGACAGCCGCAUGCUUUGUGCGAGUUCUAUGCAACUGUCACAUAGCUUGUGAAAUCUGACAAGCGGGUUUAGAUUUCGGAGUCGCCUCUGGAAAGGACUCUGAGGCACAGCAUUUAUUCUCUAGAGGAAAAAUUAGCAUUAAACUUAAUGUAGCCGAAGCUACGAAGGAUCUUCGCUGCACCCUUUUUCGGGGAUCAAUCAUUACACCAGUCGAUCGCUCUACUAAGCUAACCAGUGGGUUAGCAAGUGGCGGGACGAGGGUGAAUCAAUUGGCUACUUAGGGCCACCUGUGCCGCAGCCCUUGUUUUGUUUAGCCUGCGAUGGACUACAAACGGAAGCAGUCUGGGCGACUGAGCUCGUCGCAGCAGGGUGGCAUGAAGAAGUCACGCCGGCAAAAUGAUGAUGACGAUGAGCCGAUGGACUUUGAAGCAGAGCUGGCCCUCAUGGAGCAGCAGCUCAGUGAGGAGCAGGCAAUGGAUGAUGUAGAGUCCCAGGAGUCUGUUGCUGGACCUGCUGAUGUUUGCACGAGUGCACGGUGGGGACGGCCUCCGUUGGCAGCACCAUGGGACCCCACGGUGCGCAGCCUCGAGUUCCAGCAGCUGGACCUGGACCACUACCUGGGCGAGCCGCUGCCAGGCAUGCCCGGAAUGAGCCGGGGCCCCAUCCCCAUUGUGCGCAUGUUUGGUGUUACCGACGAUGGACACAGCGUGCUUUGUCAUGUGCACGGCUUCCUGCCUUACUUCUACAUCGAGGCACCACCAAACUUCCGCAAGGAGCACUGCUGGGCCUUCAGGGAAGCAUUGAACAAGGCUGUGCUGAAGGACAUGCGCUCCAACAAGAACAGCCUGUCAGACACAGUUGUUGGCAUCGACAUGGUGUUAAAGCAGAGCAUCUAUGGUUACAACAGCAAGGGCAAGACACCCUUUCUCAAAGUCACCAUGGUUCUGCCCCGACUCAUUGCACCAGCCAAACGGCUGCUGGAGACAGGCAGUGUGUCUGUAGAACACUAUGGAGCACCCAGUUACCGCAUCUUUGAGAGCAACGUUGACUUUGAAAUCAGGUUCAUGGUGGACACGCACGUUGUGGGCUGCUGCUGGAUCGAGCUGCCCCGGGGCAAGUACAAAGUUCGUGACGACCGCAGUCGGGUGUCACGGGCGCAAAUUGAAGUGGAUGUGGCAUGGGAUGACAUGGUGUCACACUCGCCAGAGGGCACCUGGGCACGUGUCGCUCCUCUGCGCAUCCUGAGCUUUGACAUCGAGUGCGCCGGCCGCAAAGGCAUAUUCCCAGAGCCGGAGAAGGACAGUGUCAUCCAGAUCGCCAACAUGGUGGUGCGCCAGGGCGAGAAGGACCCGUUCAUUCGGAACGUCUUCACCCUCAACACCUGUGCAUCCAUCGCGGGCUGUGAGGUUCUUUGCUACCAGCAGGAGCGGGACCUGCUGCAGAAAUGGUCGGACUUCUUGCGCGAAGUCGACCCGGACGUGAUCACGGGCUACAACAUCCAAAACUUCGACUUUCCCUACCUGAUGAACCGGGCCAAGCAGCUGCACGUAGACCUGUUCCCAUUCCUGGGGCGCAUCCGCAACUGCAAGACACUGCUCAAGGAUGCCAUCAUGCAGUCCAAGCAGAUGGGCCGCCGAGAGAACAAGGUGGUCACCAUCGAGGGCCGUGUCCAGUUCGACCUCCUGCAGGUGCUGCUGCGUGACUACAAGCUGAGGUCGUACACGCUCAAUGCGGUCAGUUACCACUUCCUGCAGGAGCAGAAGGAAGACGUCCAGCACAGCAUCAUCACAGACCUUCAGAAUGGCACAGACCAAACGCGUCGUCGCCUGGCUGUCUACUGCUUGAAGGAUGCCAUGCUCCCACUGCGUCUGCUGGACAAGCUCAUGAGCGUCAUCAACUACAUGGAGAUGGCCCGUGUCACAGGGGUGCCUAUGACCUACCUGCUGUCACGGGGUCAGCAGAUCAAGGUCAUCUCUCAGCUCCUUAGAAAGGCUGCCGAGCAAGACCUGAUCAUGCCAUUGGUGCACUCGGAGGCCGGCGAGGACUUCGAGGGCGCCACGGUCAUCGAACCGGCCAAGGGUUUCUACAGCGUGCCCAUUGCAACGCUCGACUUCUCGUCCCUGUAUCCGUCCAUCAUGAUGGCGCACAACCUGUGCUACACGACUGUGCUGGACAACCGCCAGAGGGAGCAGCUCAAGCCAGACCAGUUUAUCCGCACUCCAUCGGGUGACCACUUUGUCAAGGCCUCGGUCCGUAAGGGACUUCUGCCCGAGAUUCUUGAGGACCUGCUCAGUGCUCGCAAAAGGGCCAAGACCGACCUGAAGAAUGAGACGGAUCCAUUCCGCAAAAAGGUGCUGGACGGCCGUCAGCUUGCUCUGAAGAUCAGCGCCAACUCUGUUUAUGGCUUCACAGGUGCGCAGGUCGGAAAGCUACCCUGCCUUGCCAUCUCCAAGAGUGUCACUGCAUUUGGCCGCACCAUGAUUGAGAAGACCAAGCAGGAAGUGGAGGCCCGGUACACACGGGCCAAUGGCUACGAGCACGAUGCCAAGGUCAUCUACGGUGACACUGACUCAGUCAUGAUCCGGUUUGGCACAGACACGCUCGAGAAGGCCAUGGAGCUUGGCCGCGAGGCGGCGAAUUAUGUCACCGCCAAGUUUGUACGCCCCAUCAACCUUGAGUUCGAGAAGGUGUACUACCCGUACCUGCUGAUCAACAAGAAGCGCUAUGCAGGCCUGCUGUAUACACGGCCAGAGACGUACGACAAGAUGGAUUGCAAGGGUAUUGAGACAGUGCGACGAGACAACUGCCCCUUGGUGGCCAACCUCAUUAACACCUGUCUUGAGCGCAUCCUCAUCAAUCGGGACCCCGAUGGGGCGGUGGAAUUUGCCAAGCAGACAAUAUCGGACCUGCUCUGCAACCGAGUGGACAUCUCCCAGCUAGUCAUCACCAAGGAGCUCACCAAGAACGACGGCGAGUAUGCUGCCAAGCAGGCUCACGUGGAAUUGGCGCAUCGGAUGCGCAAGCGAGACGCCGGCAGCGCUCCGAACUUGGGUGACCGUGUGCCCUACGUGAUUGUGGCGGCGUCCAAGGGCACGGCUGCCUACCUCAAGUCGGAGGACCCCAUGUUCGUGCUGGAGCACAGUGUGCCCAUCGACACGCAGUACUACCUGGAGAACCAGCUGAGCAAACCCCUGAUGCGCAUCUUCGAGCCCAUCCUUGGCGAAGCAAAGGCAGAGUCCGUGCUGCUGCGCGGCGACCACACACGGACCAAGACCGUGGUGCACUCCAAAGUUGGUGCCCUGGCCGCCUUCACGAAGAAGAAGAGCACCUGCAUCGGUUGCCGGGCCGUGCUGGAAGAUCAGAAUUCUGCCGUGUGCAAGCACUGCAAGACAAGGGAGGCUGAGAUUUACUUAGUAGAGGUGAACCACCUGAGCAGCCUUGAGUCAAAGUUCUCACAGCUGUGGACCCAGUGUCAGCGCUGCUCGGGGAGCCUUCAUGAGGAGGUGCUCUGUACCAGCCGCGACUGUCCCAUCUUCUACAUGCGCAAGAAAGUACAGAAGGACCUUUCAGAUCAAGAGAAGGUGGUACAUCGCUUUGGGCCACCAGAAUGGUGAAGACGAGAAGGGGAGGCAGCUUCUAAUAGUCACGUGUUACUCUCCAGCUGUCUCCAUUUGUACAUAUACGUGUGACCUAGUGUUGCCUUUUAACUUCAGCCAAGUGCCACCGUGAUCAUGUGAGUGGUGUCGCUCCCAGCAAUGCUGUGGUGUGUCUUACCUGCAUCAAAUCUGGACUGGCUGUCUUGUGACAUCUGGUGCCUGCUAUGCCUCGAGAACCAUCUCCUAUGAUCGAUCCCUCACCAAAAAACUAAACUGUUAUGCGCUUUAGUAAGACUGCAUUCAGAAACUCUUGUACUUCUACAUUUCUCUUCUGAUUUGUGCUUUUAGAUGCAAGACCAUAAGUGCUGCCACACAAACAUGGUGCUGUCGAUUUCCAGUGGACCUCCUUGAGUAUUCUUUGUUGUCUAGCAACUGCAAGAAUUAGUUGUUUUAUAUUUAAAGAAAAUGCCUGGCAAGGUUGUUAUCUUUUUGUUUUUGCUGGGCUUGUGAUCUGAAGUGCCUCCACAACAAAAACGGACGCCAGCGCCUGUGGUAAUGUAAAAUAGGAACUCUUUAACCCAUGCUGUAAUUCCUAAGCAGCGGUGUGUGUGGCAUCAGUAGUUGCAUAGAUUCCUUGUAAAUAGCUUUUAGUUCUUGUUCAAGUAAAACCUUUUUACCAUAAUAUAGUAACUGUGUUGAUUGUGUAUGUGUGAUUAAUAAAACCGAUGUAGAAAACUGGAGUGUGCGUGUUUACAUUUACAGAUAGAAUCCUGUUUGGCAUUCUCUCCUUUUCUUGUUCAGAGUGUCAUCUUAAGAUAAUCAUCUAUGGCAUUGUACUAUAGUUUGUGCACGUCCUGGUGUUUACACAUAGGCUGUGAGGCUUAGCGCUGUCUAGGGUUCGAAGAAAACCUGUAUGGCGAGGAAACAAACAUGCUUUAAAUAAAAUGUACGUAGCUGCAGGGGGUAAGGAAUAAAAAUGAGCUUCACAUAUUGUGGCUCACACGGGUGUCCUGUUUACAGGGCCUCGAAUUGGCAAGCCUUUAUUUUUUGUGCUAUCUGGCAAGUGGGCAUAGUGUUCUUAGAUCUGUGUACAACCUUGUUCUAAAAAUGGUCAAACAUUUUGCUCUGCUAAAAUCAGAAGUGCAGCUAGGUUACCCUGAUAUGGUGGCAUUUGCUGUCCAGGCAACAGGGUGUUGCAUUUGUACAGUCAUUACCAGAAAUAUUGCAUUGCUAUGCUCAUUUUAAUUUUUUUUUAGUACUUCAGAAUUUAAUGUUACUCUGUCCGUGAUGCCUGUUUCUGGAGCAGACUGUCUAGCUAAUGUUGGAGAAGCUACGUAAAAGAAAUUUUAAUGUUGAAGUGCUAUCUAUGUACGGUAUGCUGAAAACUAAAAAAUAUUGCUCUGUUAAAUUGGAGGUACAAAGUUACCUUGCUCUUGUGGCAUUUGCUGUCCAGCAAAUGUUGCACUGAUGAUUGGUGAGUUUUGGCAUUUAUGCAUUGAUGAGUUGUUUAUGCAUUGAUGAGUGUCACUACAGUUAUGGUACACAUAAAUUUGGGACCUUACAAUUUAUAAGGAGCUAAAUUAAAGAGGAGACAAUUAAAUGAUCCUGAAAUGGUGGAUUACAUUUGUCCAAGAUGCUAGCCACAUUUACUUUAGUGGGAGAAGGUUGGCCAUUUCCUGAUAAAGCAAAGGUCCAAGCUGUUCUAUUCUUGAAUUGCACAAUAGAACCGCAGCACUGUUGGCAAAAAGCUGAUGUCAUAGAUUCUACGGUAUUCUUGCAUACUUUAGUCACAUUUAUGUGGAAUGAGUUGCCAAACCUUUGUGUGAACCUUUCCAAAUGCACUGUGACUUUUCUAUUGGUAAAUUGUUGACUAGUGCCAAGCUGACAGUGACGAUGAAAUGGGGCACGAAGUUAAAGUGUCGUCAGCUGCCCAUUUCUUUUUCUCACCUUUUCUGUCUUGGCAAGCCUCAAUUCUCGAUAAGACUGGCCUAGUCACAUUUCCGCUGAUGUGAUCUAUCAAUCUAGGUUAACUUUGUAUAAUUUCUUGUCAGUAUCCCUUUAAUGCAUGGGCCUUUGCUUUUAAACUUGUGUAGCAGUAUUUUCUCCCUACAUUGUUUUUGUAUGAACUGUCUGGUAAACUGCAUUUGUGUGAGAGCUUCAAGUGGCUUUGGUUUGUCUGGUCAAGGGUGCAUCCAAAAAGUGACUUGCACAAUGCAGCUAUGCAUGUCUUUUUGAGUCAUGGCAGUGUCAUUGCUCCAUGUUUUCGUUCUUAAUUGGCUGAACGUGUUUUUAAUUUCGGUCAAAAUAAUUUUGCGUAAGAUAAAUGUAUGUAGUUUAGGCCAAAAUAUUCCAAGAAACCGGCAUUUUAUGCAUGUGUUGCAAGGUGUAUUGUACUCCUUGUGCAAGGAAUUUGAUGCGCCCUUGCAUCUCAUGAAUUUCUCAAUUUGAACAGUUAGCCACGUUUGAGGCACCACAACAUAAAAGCGUUUUACAGAAUGCUGCAGCUUUUAUAUCAGGGAAAAAAAAACUCAGUUUAUGUAACCAAAGGCAUUUCUUUCCUGGAAUAUGUUUGCUACUAGCAGUCUCUGAAAUUGUACUGCUGCAAUUUUUAAGCAAAUAAAGAUAUACUCGCCCAUGGA